GGGAAAAAAAAAAGUUUUAUGCAGUUGUUGACGUAUUUCAAAUAGUUCCUGUUUCGGAAUGUGCGGAGUGUCGGAGCUCGUUCCUCAGUGUCAGUCCGUCUCCCUGUGACACGUUGAAGAGCUCCGUCGUCGGUGGCUAACAACACGCACGCUGCAGUCAUGGACUACUUGUUCUCCGUCACGGGCGCCAGAGUUGUCCGAGACGCGAUCUCCCACAGACUGUGGCCCGAGUCCGAGCCGGGACCGGGACCGGGACCGGGACUAGGACCGGAGCCGGGUCAGGUUCAUCAGCAGCAGCAGCACCACCAGGCCGGUGGGUCAAGACCCGACACGUUCUUCGUCCACUGGCAAACAGAUACCGGCCAGAAGAAGACUCCAGAGAAGAAGGAUGGCAGGCGCAUGUCGUUCCAGAGACCCAAAGGGACCAUCGAAUAUUCUGUGGAAUCCCGGGACACGCUGAACAGCAUUGCGCUCAAGUUCGACACCACACCCAACGAGCUGGUUCAGCUGAACAAGCUGUUCUCCAGGGCGGUGGUGCCUGGCCAGGUUCUGUAUGUUCCUGAUCCUGAGUACGUCUCCAGUGUCGGAAGCUCCCCCUCCCUCAGUCCCAUCAGCCCCCUGUCUCCCACCUCCUCAGAGGCUGAUUUAGAGAAGGUGACGGACUCUGAUGGCGCGCCCAGACCGGAAGGCGCUCACCCUCCAGUGUUCUCGUCCCUGCGCCAGUCCAGGGUGGUGUCAUCCACCUCCGAGGAGGAAGAGGCCCUCACAGAGAAGUUCCUCAAGAUCAACUGCAAGUACAUCACUGAUGGGAAGGGUGCGGUGAGCGGGGUGUUGCUGGUGACGCCCAACAACAUCAUGUUCGACCCCCACCGGAUGGACCCCCUGGUGCAGGCCCACGGGUGUGAGGAGUACGGCAUCAUGUGUCCUCUGGAGGAAGUGCAGUCUGCUGCCAUCUACAAGGAGAUCACCGACCCCAAGAUCAGAGAGGCCGUCCCAGAUGACCUGGAGCCUCUGCCAGCUGAGAGACAUCCCUCUCAGCAGAAGGACCCGGAGCAUCGCCUCAGGGAGCCAGGGGCCAAUGACAGCGGCAGCACAGCCCCACGCAGCACUGAGGGCUCCAUCUCCGAAGACGUCUUCACCGAGUCCGAGCUGUCCCCCAUCCGGGAGGAGGAGCAGGCGUCUAAUGAGGACCUCCGCCUGGACAAGUCCUCUGGCGCCUCCACGGAGUCUGUGCAAACCGUCGCACAGGCGGAGGCCACUGGCAGCGGUAGCCAGGCCGCAGGCGCUGCCCGCGGCUCAGUCAGCCAGCCGGAGGAGCCUCCCCUGGUAAAAGCAGAGGACAAUCCACGAGACACUGCCACAGAUAAUGAUAGCCAGUCCCCCAUGGGGUCCAAACAGCACAGUGUAGAGAAGCCACCAAGCACACCCACUACCAGCAGCACCACCAGCCAGGCCCAGGGUCCCAGCAGAAGCUCCUCUCGCCCAGGGUCCCAAAGCUCAGCCACCACUGGUGGUGCCACAGAGGCCACCUCUCACUCAGCCAGUCCACCAGGGGAUGCCAACGAGGGGAGAGAAGUCCCCAAAACGGACACUAUGCAACAAGGCAAGGAGGAGAAAGUGGAGGAGGCGCAAAAGGACGACGCGCUGAACUCCGCUGAGGCUACAGGGUCCACGGAGACACGGAAGCACCGCUCUCACAAGUUCCUGUGUCUGCGAGUGGGGAAGCCCAUGAAGAAGACGUUUAUUUCCAACGCCAGCGCCUCCAUGCAGCAGUACGCCCAGCAGGGCAAAAAGCAUGAGUACUGGUUUGCUGUGCCGCAGGAAAGGUCAGACCACCUGUACGUGUUCUUCAUGCAGUGGAGCCCGGACAUGUACGGUGAGGGGGUCAGGGGAAUGGGACAAGAGCCUGGGUUCAUGGUUGUCAAGAAGAAUGAGGUGUCAGCAGAUGUGGCCCAGGACGAGCCCAUCACCGACCUCAAUGUGAAGGAGUGGGAGGUAGUGUCUCUGACGGAGUACCACCGUCGGAUCGAUGCUCUAAACAGCGAAGAUCUGCGCUCGCUCUGCAAACGACUCCAGAUCACCACCAAGGAGGAGGUGAACUCCAAGCAUGGCACGUCCAUCAAGACGGACCUGGAGCCGGAGACGUUCAAACCCAACCUCAGAGAACCCAGCGACCUCCUGGAGGCCGCCCAGAUAGAGAAGCUUGCCAGGAAUCUCCCACCACGGACCAUUGGGUACCCAUGGACGCUGGCCUUUGGCACAUCAAAGCAUGGCAUGAGCAUUAAGUCGCUUUACAGAGCCAUGCAGGGCCAGGACACCCCAGUGCUCAUGGUGAUAAAGGACAGCGACGGCCAGGUGUUUGGUGCAUUGGCGUCCGAGCCCUUUAAAGUCAGCGAUGGCUUUUAUGGCACAGGAGAAACUUUCCUCUUCACCUUCAAUCCAGAGUUUGAGGUGUACAAAUGGACAGGUGAUAACAUGUUCUUCAUCAAGGGAGAUAUGGACUCCUUAGCAUUUGGUGGAGGAAGCGGUGAGUUUGGCCUGUGGCUGGACGGAGACCUGUACCACGGAAGAAGUCACUCCUGUAAAACAUUUGGGAACCCCAUGCUGUCCAAAAAGGAGGAUUUCUAUGUGCAGGACAUAGAGAUCUGGGCUUUUGAAUAACGAGACGGUGCGUCACAGGGAGAGAGAGAGAGAGAAAAAAAAAAGUCCUGCAAAGGGCAAAGUGAGGAGUUUUCUCCUCCUUUAGAACAAUGGCAACGUCCCAAACCUAACUGCACAUCACCGGGAGGCUCCCCAGGCCGGAAAAGCCAGCCAGCUAUCGGAUGCUUGUUGUGCGUUACUACUGCAGUUAUUACGGAGCUUUUUUUUCUUUGUGAAAAAUUACCUUUGUGUGUAUCUUGUUACAGCCUUGUGCAGCGUCUCUUUGCAGAGCAGGGGGGGUGGGGGGUAUGUGUGUGUUGAGCAAUGACGACGACGACGACGAUGAUGAAGAAGGAACCGUAAGAUGAGGUUGUAUCGUAAGAGAUGAGGAGAGAGGGCGACAUGGGAAAUGAUCACCGGGCCUUGAGGGAGGAAAGAGCCGAAUCGGAGCUCCUCCUUUCCCCCCGAGAGGCGGUGAAGAUGAUGGCCGCUGAGGUUUGGGACGACUGCGACACGAGAGAACUACCCCACUGCUACAGAUUGUGUACCCGAACUUUACAGAACCCUCAAGGAGUCCCGCGGGUCACCCUCUCACAACCCCCCCUAGAGUUUUGUUCAUACUGUAGGAUGUUACUCACUGUGCUAUCAGCCUUGAUGGAGAGAGACCCAGUUAGAAAGGGGGAGGGGGGGAAAUGGAGGCAAAAGUCAAUCACAUUCCAUUGCUCUUGGUGAUGGCGGAGUGUCAAAGUAAAGUUGCGACAUGGUAAAACACCAGUAUACAGAAACGCAUCAGCAGCAGGAUACGAUGACACAUCUCAGAGAAGAGAGGUUAUAUUUACAGGGAGGGUGUAGUCUUUCUACAGUACAGUGCAGUCUGGGGUCGUCUUCUGAGGCUAAACUUGUAGAGUCGUGCGUGUUGUCGUCCUCCUGUCGUUCACCGUCCUAGCACACCCGUCUGAAAGCACACAGCUAUAAUCCGAGAUCACCCAUCGUCGUAAUGUUCCGUUCAGUGGGUGUACGUGUGUGAGUCCAGCCGACGGCGGCGCCUCCCGCAGGACUACCCGCCGUACUGUUCGUAGACAGUAAACGUGUUGCAAUAGAUUUGUGGAAUAUGCAAAUAACUGUCCUGUGACCUCAAAUACCCGCAGGGUCGCGGCACUUUUGCCGUCGCCGCCCGUCGCUCUUUCAGAGAGAGGAACUUGUAAAGCUUUUCAAACGUCUCGAUACACAAUUCGCUUUUCUGGGUAUCGUUCGAAAAGCCUGAGACGUGGGUUUAACUGUUUUACAUGCAUAUAUGACAAUUAUAUAUUGGUAUAUAUGAUUAUAUAUGGAUCUAUAUAAUCAUGUAUAUUUUUUUGCUGUUAAGUGUGACAGUGAUCGAUUUUUUUUGUGCUGAUAUUUCAGCUGUUACAAUAUAAUGUAUAUUACCUUGUAAAUUAAUGUUAAAAUAGUAGAUUUGUUUCCGACAUAUAUAUAUAUAUAUAAAUACUUAAUGCUAUAUAAAUAUAUAUAUAUAUAAUAAUAAAAGUGUGGAUUGGUGGGUUUGCUUCUAGCACUUUAAUCUGGUGUAAAAGCAUAAAAAAAAAAAACAGGUUCUUAGAUUCUCUUAGCAGUAGCUGUACAGUACCUUUUCUUUUGUUUAGAUCAUUAAGAUGUUAACUGUUAGUAGAAAAGCUUGCUGCUACCAAUAUCAAUAAGGGUUUGCCCUAAUGCUGCGUGUGUGUAAAGGAGGUUUACUCUGAGGGGGGAAGGGGUGGGGUUGUCAUGUGGCCGUCAGGUGAGUCUCAGUAGGUGUCAGUGCAGGCAGGUAGGUGUGGGGCUAGACCGACCUCUGACCGGUGGAUGACGGCGGGCGAAGGGGAAGUGUGUACAUUUGCAUAACCCUCCUCCUCCGAGGGGCUCUCUUCUCUAACCCCCCCCCUCCCCCCUUCUGGUCUUCCACACCAGUAUUCGUGUCCUUGUGGAGAGUCACAAAGAAUAAUAUGGAUAAUUCUUCCAAUUAUUUCACCAGAAUACAAUGUAUCAGUGCUGUAUAAAUAACAAUAAAGCUGAAUUAAUUGUUGUAACCUGG